AUGGUCGCCGGGACGGAUGCUCCCGUCAAUGGCAAGCGGCACCUCCCUCUCUUCCGCCGCGUCUCGCCGGACCGGCCCAUCGCCGGUCGGCGCCAGUCCACCCUCCACUGGCAUCGCGCCCUCCGCUCGCUGCUAUAUCUGCUCGCCUGGAUCUUUCUCCUGCUGGUGGUGAUUGGCAAUUUGUCGAACAAGCCGGUGCUGCGCAGCCUCUACUUCCUCUACCUGGACCUUUCCAACAUUAUCCCCUUAUCCGUGCCCAAUGCCGUCCUGAUCAAUUCCAUCGCCCGGUCCAUUGGACUGCACGAUUUCUACCAAGUCGGUCUCUGGGGUUUCUGUGAGGGCUACGAUGAUGAGGGAAUCACACGUUGCUCGAGCCCGAAGACGCUGUAUGCUUUCAACCCGGUUGACAUCAUUCUGAACGAACUGCUGGCUGGCGCAAGUAUCGCCCUGCCCAGCGACAUCCAAAGUCCCCUGCACCUGGCGAAGAUCGCAUCGAACUGGAUGUUCGGCCUUUUCCUUGCAGGAGCAGUCCUCAAUUUCGUCAUGGUCUUCCUCAGUCCAUUUGCCGUCUCCUCACGCCCCCCGCAGAGCAUUAAAUCUUGGGUCUCUGGCGACCAAGUCACGCCCUCAGGACGCCCACCCCACCGGCGCCGUACCUUCGUCCUCCUGCGCUCGUUUCCUUUCCUCAUCCUUGCCUUUUUCGCGGCGCUGACCACCAUCGUCGCCUCGGCCGUGGCAACAGUCAUGUUCGUGAUCUUCGCGAACGUCUUCGCCAACGCCGACCCCAACCUGAACAUCAAAGCCCAUGUGGGCAAGAAGAUGUUGGCAUUCAUGUGGGUUGCUUCGGCGUUCAGCUUGAUCGCGUUCAUCAUCCAGUUCGGCUCCUGCUGUGCGUCGUGCUGCGGUGGCCACAAGGCGCGCAAGCAGCUUAAAGCGCAGGGCAUCGAUCUACGCGAGAAGGGCUCUAAGCAUACUUCGAGUUCCCCUGAUACCCCGGUGGAUUUGCAUAGCCCGCAUGCCGUGACUACGGAUUAA